AUGGACUUCACCGUUGAUCAGUCCCUGUUGGAGAGUGAACGUGAAUACCUGGAAUUUCUGGAUGAAACGCUGAAUGCAUGCCAGAAAGCUCUCAAGAAGUGCGUGCAAAACGUGAAUCCUGAUUACGCUAAACAAAAGUAUGAUUUUUUUGUUGGUUUUGAAGGAAGCUUUGGGUCGAGACAUGUCACUCCAAGGACCUUAAACGCUAGUCUUCUGGGUCAUAUGGUUUGUUUGGAAGGCAUUGUGACCAAAGCUUCGCUUAUUAGACCAAAAGUGGUCUGCAGCGUCCAUUAUUGCCCAGCCACGAAGAAAUCAAUCGAAAGGCGCUAUGCAGAUCUCACAAGUCUGGAGGCCUUUCCGUCAUCUGGUGUUUACCCUACAAAAGAUGAUGAGGGAAAUUUGCUGGAAACUGAAUAUGGUCUUUCAGUCUACCAGGAUCACCAAUCGUUGACCGUUCAGGAAAUGCCGGAAACUGCACCAGCGGGUCAGCUUCCCCGGUCAGUCGAUGUUCUGUUAGACAACGAUUUAGUAGAUGCUGUGCAACCUGGUGACAGAGUCCAAGUAGUUGGCCAAUAUCGAUGUCUUCCUGGGAAAAGAAGCGGUUACACAUCCGCUAGUUUUCGUACUGUGCUGAUUGCAAACAAUAUCCAGUCGUUGAGUAAAGAAUCCGGUCCCAGUUUCUCUGACAAAGAUAUCAGUAUGAUGCGGCUCAUUUCCAAACGUAACGAUGUGGUGUCUUUGCUUACACGGUCAAUUGCUCCUUCGAUCCACGGCCACGAGCAAAUCAAACGUGCUAUCCUGUUGCUUCUGCUCGGUGGUGUUGAGCGAACCCUUUCAAACGGUUCCCGAAUCCGAGGAGACGUCAAUUUACUCUUAUUAGGCGACCCUUCUGUUGCUAAGUCUCAGUUUCUCCGAUUCGUGCUUCAUGUGGCCCAUCGUGCUAUCGCCACCACUGGUCGUGGUUCGUCUGGUGUCGGUCUUACCGCUGCAGUGACCACGGAUAUGGAAACAGGCGAACGCAAUCUGGAGGCAGGUGCUAUGGUGUUAGCCGAUCGGGGUAUUGUGUGUAUCGAUGAGUUCGAUAAAAUGUCCGAUAUUGAUAGAACAGCAAUUCAUGAAGUGAUGGAACAAGGGCGUGUGACUAUUGCCAAAGCGGGUAUCCAGGCCAAACUCAAUGCAAGAUGUUCUGUGUUGGCUGCUGCCAAUCCCGUCUACGGCAGAUACGAUCAAUAUAAAACACCAAUGGAAAAUAUCGGCCUGCAGGAUUCGUUGCUGUCUCGUUUCGACUUGUUAUUUAUCGUGUUGGAUAAAGCCGAUCCGGAGUCCGACCGGGCUAUUGCAGAACAUGUGCUACGAACUCACCGAUUCCGCGGACCCGGUGAACAAGAGGGCGAAGCCUUGCCUCUGCAAAAUGCCACGCGAUUACUUUCCACUGGCAUCGAUCCCCUGUCUGGUGCCACUGAAGACAACGUUGAUGAUAAUGAACUCGGACCAGACGGAUCUCACCGAAAAGACGAAGAUCAGGUUUAUGUGCAACAGAGCGAUCUUCUUCGCCCCGCAACGCGUAUUCGUAGCAAUGAUCAGCUAACAUUGAGGUUCCUGCAAAAAUAUCUGCAUGUCGCCCGCCAACUGAAACCCCAAUUAACCAAGGAAGCAGCCUCCAUCUUAGCCGAAAAGUACUGUGAUUUGCGGGCACAAGAAGCUGCUGAGGGUACUGGACGUCCGGGGCCAGGGGAUCAAUCACGAAUGCGCCGUACUCAACCGAUCACCGCACGUACACUGGAAACUUUGAUUCGUUUAGCCACGGCGCAUGCCAAGGCUCGUAUGUCCAAGACCGUGACAAAGAAAGAUGCAGAGUCCGCGGUGCAAUUAGUUUCCUUCGUACUGUUCAAGGAAGUAUUGGAGAAGCGUCGCAAACGGGAUCGUGCAUCAGCCGAUGGUGGAGAAAGUGGUUCGGAAGACGAAAGUCCAAAUGACAACCUAGAUACUCGAAGGCCAGCAAAACGAAAUUGUUUCCAUGAUGAUAUGAUUCUUUCUUCAACACCGUUCUCAACCGCGUUUUGCUCUCUUCCCGCACGCUUAUCUGGUAGAGCUGUGACCGGCACAACGUCAGGUGUUGUCCCUGCUUCUGACGAUCCGUACGCUUUCCAGGACGAUGCUCAGACUGCCGGUCCUUCAGCUGGCACCUCUGGAGUUGAUACAACGAGUACCACCAGUGGCCUCUCAACUGAUCGUUUGCGUCAGUUGUCCACUGCUGUGAGCCGUGUAUUUCAAGAACGACGCGUUGAACAAUUGCCGGUCCAAGAACUCACUUCUGUCAUACUGGGCCAGGGAGCUGGAUUCACCAAGGCAGAAAUUCGCGCGGGUCUUGAAGCCAUGCACGCUGACAAUCGCAUUAUGCUUACUUCGGACGAUGUAUGGCUUAUCUGA